AUGGCGGAAGCUACUGACGCCGCGGCGUUCGUCAGCGCCUUGUACCGCAAGGUCCUGCUCUCAGUGAAAGCCUCGAACGCAGUCGUCUCGGAAGACGACGGGUUCCACUACCACGCGCAGUUCAGCCCCGAGUUUGCGCUGGGUGCCAAGCAAUCGAGUGCCAAAGCUGCAGCGCUCGUGCAGCUAUUGACCAAGCGUCGACGUGGUACCAAUAGUGAAGCAGCUACUGCUGACGAAGAUACUGGAGACGAAGACGAGCCAAAGGAGCUCUUUGAUGGACCGGAACCGAACACGCGCGUGACUGACUAUGCCGAUAUGUUGCUGGACGAGGCGGCCAUGCACUUGGCCCGUUUUAUGCGCGGCGAAGCUCCCGACACGUCGGUACCGAGUGGGAAAGAGUCGCUGGAAACCAAGCGGGAGGUUGUGGGGCAGCAGCGUGGAGAAGCAGGAGAUGCUCGGGACAAGAAGCUGAUGUCAGGGACGCUGCAGAGCAAGCCGCAGGAGCAGUUUGACGAAAUGAUUGACAACUCGGAUGCGCCGUUUGUGUCGAAAUUACGUAACAAAGUUUACGCGCAGAACGAUGGGAGGACAAUGGAUGAUGGUGAUGGUGAAGAAGACGAUGACGUGGUGCGGCGACAUCCGUAUUUUCCAGAGAUUAAAGGACUGAAGUAUGCCAAGUGGCAAUUAGAGGCACCGGACGAGCCGUUUGAGAGAGUUGGACUGGAUAAAGCCACGUACAUGUGGGUCGACUCGACGGAAAAGCUCGUGCAGAUGAUGGAGACUUUGAUGGCAGCUGAAGCUCGAGUGAUUGCAGUGGACCUGGAACAUCACAGCUACCGGUCGUACAUGGGACUCACGUGUCUGAUGCAGAUCUCGACGAUGGACGCCGAUUUUCUGGUUGACACGCUCGCGUUGCGGGGCAAGUUGCAGACGCUGAAUCAGGUUUUCUGCGACCCUGAAAAGGUCAAGGUGUUGCAUGGCAGUGACAUGGAUAUCCUGUGGCUGCAGCGCGAUCUGGGUCUGUACAUUGUCAACCUCUUUGACACGGGCCGCGCAGCGCGAUUGCUGCAGUACCCGCGCUUCUCGUUGGCAUACUUACUGAAGCGUCACUGCAACAUCGACGCGGACAAGCAGUACCAGCUUGCAGAUUGGCGCACUCGUCCGUUAAGCAAGAACAUGGUCAGGUACGCGCGCGAAGAUACUCGCUACUUGUUGUUCAUUUACGACCGUCUCAAGAAGGAACUGCAGCAGGCUGGAUCAAAGUCCCGUGAAAGCCUGCUUUAUCAGACACUGCAGAACUCCAAUAAGCUCUGUUUGCAGGUGUAUGAGAAGCCCCAGGUUACAGCCGAGGACGCUCUUGCUCUUGGUGAAAAGCUGAAAGAUACAGUCAGUAUCCGCGUGUUGUCUGAGCUUCACAAACGUGUGACCGUGGCACUUUAUAUGUGGCGCGACCGCAUUGCUCGACAGGAAGAUGAAUCGGUGGCCUAUGUGAUGCCGAACCACGUUCUGAUGAAGCUCGUCAAGCGUCUGCCUGUACGAUCCGAUGAGCUGUCCCGCGCUUGUCACCCGGUGCCAUUGCUCGUUCGUAAGCACGCACUGCAGGUCACUGAGAUGAUUCUUGCUGAAAAACAAAAGCUUGCUGAGGAAGAGUCUAAAGUGGUACAAGAGCCGAAGCGUGUUGCUGCUAUCAAGCCAUCGAGAAAGAUUUGGAACGAAGCCGGAGAGGAACAGAUAGUAUCGUUGCCGGGAUCAAAGCGUGUUGGACGUGCCGACCAUGCUCCUUGGAAGAGUGGUCAGCGUAAAGCUGGUGUCGCGAUGGCUUCAGCUGGAUUAUUAUCGUGUAGCGAAGUCCACCCUAUGUCCCUAGGACUCAAUGUGUCAAAGACUGUUGACGACCCAGAGGCAGCAGCCACGCUGCUGGAUCAAGUGAACGCUAUGGUUGCGAGUACGACUUUCACGAUUGCAGCGAGCGGGCCAGUUCAAAGUCCAGUCAUCCAGCGUACACUGCUGUCUGAGGCUCCUCGCAAAAGCGAUAGUAGUGCCGAAAUAGCCAAGCUAAAGGUCCCUCAGUCCAUUUCCGAGACCUAUCACAUGUCGAGCCGAUCGAAGCGGCAGAAAACAACACCCAUGGACACGUCUUCGGCACUUCAAGUCAAGGAUCGUGCGCAGACUUUUCUGCAGAAGGUCGAAGGCGAAGGCGGUGAGAAUAACGACGCCGAGGACAAGAUCCGUUUCCAGGACUUUGACUAUGCGGCAGCCAGCGAUCAGGUCACAGCAGCGAAGUUCCAAUUGAAAAAGGACGAGGACGAAGGACGCAAUGGAGGUCAAGGUCGUGGUCGAGGUCGUGGUCGUGGUCGAGGCAACAACAAUAAAACUCCGGCCGGCUACAAUCCGUUUGUAGCCAUGAGUAGUAGCCAUGGCGCCAAUCAGUCGUCCAACAACGACAGCAACAAAAAUGGGCCCAAAGCAGCACAAGUCAAGAGGAUGCACCACAUGCCGAGAAGUGCGACGUUCAGAUAA